AUGUCGACGAUAAAGGCAGCACCGCAGAAAGAAAUAACAGGCAAAAUCUACGUACAGCCUACGAAAAACUGGGAAAUACCAGCGAGACCAAAGCCAGGAAGGAAGCCAAUUGAGGCUGAUCCUGUAAAUCGCAAAUCACAAAACAGAGUCGCACAGCGUGCUUUCCGUGAGAGAAAACAGGAGUAUGUACAGGAACUCGAGCAGCGUCUGCAGGAAUUUGAGAGUAAUUCUAUACAGCGCCAUAUCGCAUUACAGCAGGUUUCACAGAAGUUGAAGCAAGAAAAUGAUACACUCAAAGAGGAGAAUGUUCAUCUGAAAAGGCGGCUGGAAAUGGGCACACAGACACGCAGAGCAAUGAAGCGUAAAUUCAGCACAACAGCUGCAGAUACAGCAUAUGCAGCAAACACCCACGCUCAACAAACCAAGCACACAACCCCCCCACCACCACCUAUUAAACUGCACGUCGACGACGAUCUCGAUAAGUUUUUCAGCUGCGGCUUUUGUUCUGAAGAGACGCCGUGUGUUUGUCGGCAGAUAUCCGAGGCAGCUACAGACAAGGCAGACAAUGCAGCAGUAGAAACCACAGAAACUAUCACGCCACCCACAAAAAUCCUCGACAAUCCACCCUCCAUCGCACCCGCUCAGCCCCUCCGCAAGAAACGCACGCAGUCUAAGAAACUUUUCACCGUACAGACAGAAUGCAGUGGCGACCCAGACAACUGCAUGGCGUGCCAAGUAGAUGACUCACUCGCCUGCCGCGACGACAAACCCGGUCGUGCCUUCUUUGAAGCGCUGCAGGGGAGCGUCUGUCAGGAUGGCGGUGGCGCGAGGUGCGAAGGCUGUCCGGGACAUAAUAAGGAGUAUUCGCAAGGAGAAGGAAAGAAGAAAAAGGACCUUCACGAAGAAGCUGAAGAAAGCACUCCUGAAGAAAGAGCCCAAGAACGGGUUAACAACACCCACACCCCCUCCAUUCCCGCUUCGGAUGCUUGGAGACGUCUCAAAUCACAUCCUAACAUCGGCCUAGCAGAUCUAGCACUACUCGCCGAUCUCGUUGGCAGCAGAACGAGAUGUACCGGCGCAGAAUUGCAUCAACAGGUUGAGAAGGUGCUCGAGAAUGUCCACCGCGAUGCUGAAGUGAGGGUGGAUAUGGGUAGCAGUAACAAUGAACUUGACACUUCUAACCAUGCUAGCGCACGUCGCAACAGCACCUCACUGCAACUCCCACAACUCGUCCCCCACGACCAACUCAUAUCAAAUAGUAAGAGAAGGAAACUGCUCGUCGAGAUGGGCGCUGUACGCGAUGCACUCGAUGUGCUCGACAGGUUUAGUGCCCCGCCAGCACCUCAGCUGGGUUAG